AUGAAAACCUUGCCAUUCAUAUUCGCGUUUGUUCUGGGUUUCGUAAGUACUACUAAACCAGCACCUGUCACUGAGCCCACUGCUCCAUACACUAUUACCUUGGUAGAGCGUUCUCCAUUCGACAAUCUUGAUUGGCCUCAGUAUCUCGAAGCUCAGAAGAGACACUUAUCCGUGGAUCGAUAUCCUUCAUUAGUAUCGGACGAAAAUGGAAUGCAUUUGGACAGACGUGGGAACAAGGCCGGUGCAAUUGGCCUUGAUGUUAGUCUCGUUGGUCCCAUCACUGUUGGUCAACAGAAGUUUGAUGUAGUCUUUGAUGUUCAGACGGCUACGCUCUUUGUGCCGUCGGUGAAGUGUAAAUCGUAUGCUUGUGUAAAUCAAAAUAAAUACGAUGAAAAAAAAUCAAAAACAUUCAAGUCACUCAAUGAUCGCCACACUCAAGUGUACGGCUCUGGGCCCGUCGUUAUGGAUUUUGGAUUGGACGAUGUCACUGUCGCAGGAUUCACGGCAAAGAAAACAGCAUUUGGUGUCGCCAUCGAAGAAUACCAGGGAAGAAAGAUCAUACCUCCUGGUGAUGGGGUAUUGGGAAUGGCACUCGAGGGGCAGGCCUAUAAAAAAAGAUCAGCACCCUUUUCAACACUGUUCAAGCAAGGUAGUUUGAAGAACCCUGUUGUAGGGAUCUAUGUUUCCGGUGGAAAUACAUCUUCCUUGACAGUUGGCGGUGUUGAUAAAACAAAGUUUACCGGUCAAUUAAAAUUUGUCAAGACAAUAGAUCCCGCCGGACAUUGGUUCAUACCCAUUGAGGGUAUAUAUGUGAACAAUAAAUUGAUAAAAAUCAAACCAAUUCCACCGUUUCCGCUUGGUGCCCUUAUUCAUUCUAGCACACAAUUAAUGAAUAUUCCCCGACAACACGCAGCUAUUAUUUAUAAGUCAAUUCCCGGUGCAAAGUUGAUUGACGAAGCCAAUGGAAUUUAUGGUGUACCUUGUGACACCGAGGAAACACUUGCAUUCCAAUUCAAUGGCUUAACAUUUAGGCUUACGCCGAAGGAUUGGAUAAUGAAGCGUAUCGAUAAAACAAAGCUUUGUCAAGGGGGAUUAGUGGGACACCCAAGAGUCAAAUAUUGG